AUGGACUAUCAAAGCAAUGCGGCUUCUUAUGCGACCAAGCAGCAGAACGAGCCAAGCCCGAAGAAGCCUUCGAAGUCGAGGGCCAAGGUCACGAACGACGACUGGACCGACGUGACGGAGCCCGAGGAGCGGAGACGCAUACAAAAUCGACUCGCACAACGCAAGUUCCGAGAAAAAGCUAGGGAGCAAAAGGAAAAAGCGGAGCGAGAGUCUCGAGAUAGGGAACAUGCGGGCAGCAGCUAUCGUCUCCCUUGCUCGGAUGAGCUGGCGGCAGAAGAUGAGUCUGAGCUCUCGGGGCUGCCGUGGGGAAGCCUCAACAUGCGGCACGUAUUGACCAGGGGCCACGAGACGGAGAGCAGGCGGAGCAGCGGCAAGUCUGGCGGCUACGGGGCCUGCCACGACAGCGCCCCGCAGUUCUACGAGACGACCUCGGGCGGGGGCGGCAGCAGGAGCAGCGGUGGUGGCAGCGGCGGUGGCAGCGGCGGUGGCGGCGGCGGCGACGGCCUCUAUCAGCAUUACCGCCAGCAGCCGGCCAUCAGCUACGGCAGCAGCGCGACGAAUAGCAGCGGGGGGGACGACUGCUACUACGAAGAGGUGUCGUCCUACUACUACGACAUGAGCCCUAACGGUAGCGGCAGUAGCAGCGGUCACGGUCGUGGCGGCUACGGUUCCUCGUAUCGCUAA